AUGGUGUCAAAACCUAAAUCUUGCCAAUUAGACCCAAUUCCAACAUGGCUGCUCAAAAGUUGUAUUGAUGUCCUUUUACCAACUAUAACAACCAUCAUAAAUGCAUCUUUGGAACAAGGAGUUUUUCCAACGAAAUGGAAAGAAUCUCUUCUGCGGCCUCUUAUCAAGAAAAUGUCAUUAGAUCGAGAUGAAUUUAAUAAUUUUAGGCCAAUCUCAAAUUUAGCAUUUCUCUCCAAAACACUCGAAAAGAUUGUUGCUUCUCAACUUGACACCUACUUAACAAAUCAUCAAUUAUAUGCCAAGAUUCAGUCAGCGUACAGAAUCCAUCACAGUACAGAGACAGCACUACUUAGAGUUGUGAAUGACGUAAUGAGGGGGAUUGAUGAUCAACAAGAAUGUGUUCUAGUGUUACUUGAUCUUUCACCAGCAUUCGACACAAUUGAUCACGACAUUUUGCUUGACAGGCUGUGUAAUCGUUAUGAUCUUUCGGGGGUAGUUCUGGAUUGGCUAAAGUCUUACCUCUGUGAUCGCCCUCAGCGCCCUCGCGCUAGCUGUGGGUUUCCGCAAGGAUCUGUUUUGGGACAAUUGUUGUUCUCUUUGUACAUUGCUCCCCUCGAAGAUGUGAUCAUGUCCCAUGGAAUAGAUGCCAUGAUGUAUGCUGAUGAUUCUCAGCUUCAUAUUUUUCUGAAUCGUAAUAACCGCAUUAUCGCAACUGAAAAGUUGGAAGCCUGUAUUGACGACGUUAUGAAUUGGAUCGUUUGCAAUAUGCUUAUGGGCAAUCCAUCAAAGACGGAAGUAAUUCAUUUUUAUUCACGUUACAUGAAACCUGAUUGUCCUCUUCGUCCCAUAAAA